AUGUCAAGCACGCCCCCAUCCCGGAACGGCUUUAGCAGUGGCCUUCCGCGGACGCGAAGCUGCUCUACUUCUUCACCGUCCUCUCUUGGUCUUGAGACAGACGUGACGGACGUUGGCUCCAAUGCUACUCUCGACGAUACGGGCCGCCUACUUCAAGGGAAUGAUGCAACCAUGGAAGUUCCCCGAGCGCCUGCUCCAGGUAAGCUCUCGCCUAUAGGGCACUUGAUCGCUCCGGGAGCCAACAUGCAGGGGAAAAACAACGCAGUUGACCCUCGCGGGCUGACGAAGAAAAAAGCUGACGGGGUGAUCGAAGAAGCUCUGCCGGCAUCUCAGACACCUCUUACCGCAUAUGCCAUUACUCGGGUCAAGCGGGAGACGGAUGCGGAAGGCCUAGACUUGGACUCCGAGGACGGCAAUACCCCAGCUAAAGAAGAAGGCCUUACCAUGGCCCUCGUGACAUCUUCGAGCGCCCCCUAUCAGUCGAGUCGGCAGUCCGGAUCGUCCCUUAUGCUGUCGAGUCCAAAGACUUCCUCCGAUCAGUCUCGUACGCCGUACUCGGUGGCCGGCGUGACUGCUCCAGUAACCCCAGGACCGGGCGGCGUCGACCUUCGAUCGGAAGCCGAUCGCUCACAUUCACUCCAACGGCGCAAGACAGCCGGCAAUAGCCCACCUAUGGAGCGCAGCCAGUCGCAGUCGGUCGAAGAGUACGAGGUCGGUCAUGCUUGUGAUGCGUCGCAGCGACCACGUCCACACUAUAUCGCAGGGCGUGGGCACAUGCGAUCUUACCAACAAGCAUUCGGCACGCCGGACAUAGGAAGGCGAACGAGCCACAAAGUUCCUCGGCCCGACCCGUCUUCUGCAGCGUUUGUUUCGCACCCUAUUCCCCGGAUGCUACCAUCCGGGCCCGUUUUGCAGCUUCCCGACCCAUCGAUAACCUACUCUAUCGGGCUAGGGCCUGUGGGGGCAGAUCAUGGCAUACCGCUGGUCUACUCGAGACCUGGUCCGGGCAUGUUCGACGUGUUUCAGAAUUUGCGGAAUCGAGGCGUUGCGCUUGGAGAACGGGGAAUGGUCCGCCAGUCUGGUAUUUCGAGUGGUGGUAAUAUCUUCGCUAAUCUGAGGGAGAGGGGCUGGAUUGCUAAUGUGCGUCGCGAUCCGGACUGGCAGUUGAUGGAUGGGGACGUAAAUGGGGAAGAGGGUGAUGAGGAAAAGGAUGACUAUGAUGAAACUGGAGAGAUGGUAGAGGGAGAUGACGAGGAGAACGAGUUUCCUGACGCUUCUGAUGGUUCCGGCCUGGAGGCGCAACCGCGGAGUGGAGUUGAGGGGUUCGCUGGAGGAACUACUACCUCAUCCAAUGCUCUUGGUGAGGAGUGGGAAGGAAAUGGAAAGGCUAAGAUGUAG